GAAAACUGCAAUAAUGAUCUUUGAAAUAAAUAAGAGAAAUAGGGCUGUUUAUUAUCCUGUAUGAACCACUGCUAAGGUCUUAUGUGAUUUGUGAAAACACCUGCAUGACCCAUAAUGGCCUUUGAAGGAGCUCAGAAUCCAAGAGAAAUGCAACAUCCGAUCACGUUGAGGCUCGUCCUUCUUGGGGGUCGAAAUUCUGGAAAGAGCUUUGUGGGAAAUGCCAUCUUAAACCAAGAAGAGUUCGUCCUCCGUGAGCGGACCACAUGUAUGAAAAGAGAGGCUGAAUUUCAAGGGCGAAGGCUGACUGUGGUGGACACCCCAGGCUGGUGGUGUGACUUCUCAGCACAAGACACACCUGAGCUGGUUAAGAGAGAAAUCAGACGCAGUGUCUCCCUAAGCCUCCCAGGGCCGAAUGCUUUUCUCCUGGUGGUCAAAACAGACUCUACAUUCAUAGAAAAGCGGAGAAGAGCUGUAGAAGAGCAUCUGGAACUCCUUGGAAAGACAAUUUGGAGUCACACUCUGGUGCUGUUCACCAAGGGAAAACAUUUAGGAGAUACAUCAUUUGAGGAACAUGUUAAGGCAUCAGGUAAACCCCUCCAGUGGCUCCUGAAGAAGUGCAGUGGCAGGUUUCAUGUGCUGGAUAUCCAGGGAACAUGCAAUGCCACCCAGAUAAAGGAAAUUAUGGGGAAAAUUGACAAAAUGGUGACAGGAAAUCCCCAUUUUGAAAUGGAUGACAACACUUUACAGGAAAUUGAGGACAAGAGGAAAGAAGUGGAGCUAAAGGCUCACCAGAGAUUGAUAAGGAUAAACAAAAAGAGAGCUACUCUGAAAGUGCACUCAUAUCACCUCCAAAACUUUAGACUUGUCCUGCUCGGAGCAAAGGGGUCAGGGAAGAGCUCGACAGGAAAAAGCAUUCUAGCAGCAGGAAGUGACCAAACGUUUACAGCAAAGAGGCGGACCACACGAAGCAUGAUGGAAACAUGCAUAGUGGCAGGAAGGCAUGUGACAGUGGUGGACACACCUGGUUGGUGGAUGAACUACUUUGCCCAGGAUUCUUCAGCUUUUGACAAACAGGAAAUAGUCAACAGCAUGUACUUGUGUCCACCUGGUCCUCAUGCUUUCCUUUUGGUGGUGCGAGUGGACAGGUCAUUCACAGAGACCUACAGAAGAGCGAUUCAAGAGCAUGUAGAACUUAUUAGUAAGGAAAUCUGGAAUCACACUAUAGUCGUCUUCAGCUUUGGAGACUGGCUUGGUGACACAACCAUCGAUCAGCACAUUGAAAGUGAAGGAAAAGCCCUUCAGUGGCUUGUGGAGAGAUGUGGAGACCGCUAUCAUGUUCUAAACAACAAGAGUCUUGGGAAUAUGUUCCAGAUCACAGCACUACUGGAGAAGAUAGAGGAGAUGAGAACAGGAAAUGGGGUGAGCCACAUCAACAUAGACAAGAGUGUUUUUAAAGACAUUGAGAGAAAACAGAGAGAAGAAGAGAACAGAGUAAAACUGCGGUGGGACAAUGUUUUACGACGAAGGUACAACUUGAGGGCUUUCAAGGAACAGGUGCAGCUGCCCACAUCCGUACGAGUCAUUCUUCUGGGUGGCAAAAACUCUGGCAAGACCUCUGCUGCCAAGUGCAUUUUGGGAAAUGAGGGACUAGAGAUUGACAGCCAAAAACCCACGAGAGGUACUGUUAUGUUCAACGAGAAAAACGUUGAAGUUGUGGACACAACAGGCUGGACCACAGAGUGUCCAGAUACUACAGAGUUCCGCAGGCAACAUCUCAAGGACUGGGUUUCUGGGUCGGCCAGUGGGAUCUGCACCCUACUGCUGGUAGUCAAUGGCAGCUCCUCAUUUACAUUAAAGAACUUGAAAGUGGCUGACGAACAUCUGCGUGCUCUGGGAGGGAACGCAUGGAGCUGCACCAUUGUGUUGUUCACAAAUGGAGACUGGCUCGGUGAAGUUAGUGUGGAACAGUAUAUUGAACGUGAAGGAGAAGCACUACAAACGCUGAUGGAGAAAUGUGGAAACCGAUAUCAUGUUUUUAACAACAAGAUCAAAGACAGUGGCACUCAGGUUGCAGAGCUGAUGCAGAAGAUUGAAGAAAUGGUUUUAGAACAGAUGCUAAACAGUACCGAAAAUCAAGGGAAUAUUAAACAACCUUUGGUAAAUGGUGUAUUGAAGUUAGAUGGAAGUAUACAGAUCGGGGAAGAACAAAUAACCCCUUUAAGCAGCUCUACAAACAUCAAUCAUGGUGAUACUGACGUUCCAGGAGAGCAUCAAAUGACUGGGUUCUCUGGACAUCCGCUCCCUUCUUCUUCCUGUGAUUCGAGAAUCACCAUCACAGACUCCAGCCUUUCACAGAGUGAAGAUCAACAACUGACCUGUAUAAAUGGCAGAUUAUAUAGGAACUCAUUGCCGAAAAACAAUCAGCAAAGACUGGUAGUCGUGCUCAACACCUCUGAAUGGUUUCACUCAAAUAUACCAUGGGGGAUUGAUGUGAAUAGAACAAGUAGGCCUGAAUUACCUCCUCUUGCUGUGCUCAAUUUUACACCAGCUGAGCAAUCCAGGAAUGAAUUACGAAUGUUGAGGAACGGAUCACAGGAGGGAAGGUUUUUUGAGCAGUCCUUUCCACAGUCUCAGACGAGGACACCUUACACAGGCCAAACUGCAAAAAAAAGAGCCUUUGUGGAUUUUGUCCAAUCAGGGAGCAUGCAGGACUUAAUCGACCAAUGGGGCGACAGUAACAUUGAGGAACUGGAGGCAUUCAUAGAUUCUUAUUUUGAGAUGGUGUGGCAGGAAGCUAUGAAAGAGGCUGAAGCAAAGAAAUGCAGCAAUGCAACCCCAAUAAACUGUGAAUGUUCAGAGAAAGAUCAAGAACAUCUGGCCUCAAUUGACAGGAAGCUGUCUAAACUUGAAAUCCUGGAAGAAGUUCAACGAGACCUGCUGGAGCUGAAGCAUAGCUUCAAGCACUGUAGUAGGAUAUUUCUGGAACUAAAUGACAGGAGUAAAGAGACAAAUAAUCCCUGCCGACACACUGAGGCAACAGGGUCAGCAGUAAGUGAGGAAAGGGAUUAAAUAGAUGUAAAGCGAAUAAAACUGUCGAGUGCUGAGUGAUAAACCUUCAUAAAGACACCAAUAAUAAUCAAUGUCCACAGCCUGGGGCUUUGACUAUGGCACACAACCAUCCUGACAUUGUUUUGACAACUUAAUGCAACAUCACAACAUUAAUUUCAAUCCAGAGUUGCUUUACUUUUUUAGCCGAAGUCUUGUAUUGAUGACGGAGAGUCGAACCAAUCUGUAAGGUCUUCUCCAACACACCCCAAAGACUUUCAAUGGGGGGGUCAGGACUCUGUGGUGGCCAGUUCAUGUAUGAUUCUCAUACAGUUCCUUAUACUCACUGAACCACUCUUUCACAAUUUGAGCAUGAAAAUAUUGGCAUUGUCGUCCUGGAAUAUACCUGUGCUGUCAGGGAAGAAAAAAUCCAUUGAUGGGAUAACCUGGUCAUUCAGAUAGUCAGCUGGCUUCGUUUUAUUCAUAACACUUCCUCCAGAGGCUUGUACACUGGGCACAAUGCAUGACGAGUGCAUUGCUACAUACGCUUCCCUUUUUACCAUGACGCGCCCAUUGCUUUGGGAUUGCGUAAAUCUGGACUCAUCAGACCACAUGACCUUUUUCCAUUGCUUCAUAGUCCAGUCUUUAUGCUCUCUAGCUAAUUUAAGUAGUUUUUUCUUCUGACAUGGUCGUUUAAGAAAUGAGAAGCUACACACUGCAUCAGUUAGGGUUCAAAAAUUGUUGCCAGAUGAAACAUAUUAAUCACUGCAAUAAUGAUCCAAUCAUAGGCUCUUAAGUAUCUGCUUAUUUAAAUCCAAAUGAUGACUUUUUGUUUUUGGCCAGGCAGUAGUAUUUCUUGUCAAGGUUGGUCAUUACUAUAACUAUAUUCUCGUCCUACAUCCAGAGGAGACCACGUUUGAGAAUUCUUUAUUUUUGGGCAAAUAUUUAACUACAUGUCUGAAGCCCAAACAUGUGUGGUGGUGCAUGAGACUGUUCUGAUAUGAACAAGUUCCCUUAAUUGUAAUGAAAUUACUUUUGCUUUCUGCAGAUCAAAAAUAUACCAAGGAAGAAAUGACAAUUGUGAAAUUCUCUUGAACUGUAAAAAAUGCUUCAGCUAUAAAGGCAUCUGUGUACAACUGACAUAUCAAAUCACUUACUGAAGCACUAAAGCACCUUUUCUGAGAAUUGAAAGCAGUUUAGAAACCUGAAUUAAUGAAUCGCAAUUACAACUAGAUUUGUAAAUUUUCUGAAGAAAAUUGGAGUGGUGCUUACCUGUGAAAAACUCAAGGUU